CAUUGCAACCCAGCAAUGCCGUCUUAUCGCAACGAAAUAGCGAAGAAAACCACAACAACAGACAUAGCACAUCUGAUCAGUCUGAUUCUGAUCAAUUGCAAGAGAAACGAUAUCGCGGGUUGCUAAUCGAAACAAUUGGAAUCAAUCUCAUUGGAUUGGUUUCGAUUAGAUUGGAACAUAUCGGGUCAGAUUUGAUCAGCGACAACUUUGUAGAACUAUUGAAAAGAGUACGGGGGGUGUUUUAAGAUUGCACUGAGAAAAACACACAAUCAACGCCGUCUCGUCAGAAAGUAUCGAGGCAGUAGAUCGGAGCCCUCGUUGUGAUUGAACUUGAAACAGAAUACAGCACAACGAAGCACAACGCAGGGCAGCGCAAUACAGCACAACACGACGAAACAAAAUACACUCUGACUGAUUAUCUAUUCAAUAGUACUCGUAACUCGGAUAUAAUCAACCAUGUCGUAAGUUUGAAUUGCUUUGUUGAUCUGGUCGCGCAUUUGAAUCUGCAUUAUUGUUUGGUGCCUCGUUCCUUAUUCAAUGAUCGAAAUCUUUCCAUUUCACUACGUAUUAAAAAUUGCACCAUCAGUUCCGUCGAUAAGAACAUUUCGAACAUCGCCUUCACCCGAACGGUCUUGGGGCUGCUUCUAGGAGUUAUCGUUCUAGCCGUUGACGAGCUCAAUCCCGUGAAAUUGUUCCUUCAUGUCUUUCCCAACAUCACCCCCCGUCAGCUUUCGCUGACGGCGUUUCUGGCAAUGAUCUACGUGUGGAUCUCGGAAUUCAAGGAAUUGUUGUACUUUGGUGCCAAGAUUUUCAUCAAUUCCAUGCUUUCCAUCUUCUUCCGUGAUAUUGAGGUGCUGGGGAAAGACCGACUCCCCCGCCACGGGCCCAUGAUCCUGGUCAUCAACCAUGCAAACCAGUUCGUGGACGCCAUGGUGGUGCUGGGAACCUGCGGGAACGAAAACUUCAAGGUUUCCUAYCUAAUGGCCGAAAAGUCCUUCAACCGGCCAAUCAUUGGAGACAUUGCCAGUGCGCUCGAUGUGGUACCAGUCAAGCGGGCGCAGGACGCGGCGAUCCGCGGGCUGGGAASCAUUCGAUUUUUGGAAUGCGCCGCGGUCGAUAAGCCGGCACCGUCGUCUCCCUCCUCGGAUGGAGACGAUUCGGGUGUCGUGGUAGACGAAAACGAAAACGACAAUGACAAAAACAACAGCGACGGCGAGACAGGUGAGGGAGAUGACAGCAACGAUGGCUCGUUGAAAAAGCUCACGAUCCACGGAAGAGAUGGAUUUACCACUUCGGCGUUUCGGGUGGGGGACAAGCUUCGUCCGAUGGGAACCGCCACGGGGGUCAAGGUCCUGAAAAUCCUUGACGAUACUUCCUGUAUCGUAGAUGUCACCGCUGUUUCCGAGGCCGACAUGGCUACCAUCUUCUCGACCUCCGAGAACUCGGAGAAUAUAACCUACGACAUUUUGAAACACGUCGAUCUGCAUUCYAUGUUCGAAAAAGUUUUGGACCGGCUGGCCAGGGGGGGUGUCUUUGGAAUUUUCCCCGAGGGUGGGAGCCACGACCGGACCGACCUCCUCCCCCUCAAGGUUGGUGUUGCUCUUAUUGCAUAUUCGGCCCUGGAACGAGACGGGAUUUCGGUCCCCAUUGUCCCCGUCGGCCUGAACUACUUCCGUACCCAUCGCUGGAGGGGCAAGUGCCUCGUGGAGUACGGAGACCCGGUCUUCAUCAAACCCGGGUCCCUCGCGGAUUAUCAAAAGGGCGGUGCGGCCAAGCGGGCUGUCUGCAACGACUUGCUGAACCGCAUCAAAGAUUCGAUGCGCUCGGUCAUUGUCUCCAUGCCCGACUACGAAUCCCUACAGGUGGUCCAUACGGCACGCCGGCUCUACCAGCGCAACUCGGAGGCAAUCGACGGCCAGGAGAAGCAGGAUCUUCUCCGCCGGUUUGCCGUCGGCUACAAGAUCUUGUACAGCGGGCUCGAAGACAAGCCGAAAGCGUAAGUUCUUGGUGAUGUUUCAACACGACAAGAUUCGGACAAAUGGUCAGAUCAAUCUKUUUGCAAGCAAUUGCAAACCUUUCUUGCUCAUCAAACAGRUUCGGUGUUUAACUUAUCUUAUUUUUGGUUGUCUCUUCAUUUUCCAGUUGGAUUGAUCUGCAAGAGCGAAUCAAGGCGUACAGGAGAGAACUCAAGGAGCUKGGACUGCGGGAUUACCAGGUUCCCGGACUUGACAGAGAAAAUAACGACGACGAACAAACGGAAAACAUCCGAACCGAUAUUCGAAUCGUCUACCGGAUCGCACACCUGCUGGUCCUAACCGCCCUGAGCGCCUUGCCCAGUCUCUUCCUUAACCUCCCCGUAAGAAUCAUGGCCGACAUUUAUGCCGAGCGGCGUCGUAAAAAGGCCCUGGCGGCAUCCAAAGUAAAGAUUCACGGGUACGACGUCAUGCUGACGGAAAAACUGACGUUCUGCAUUGUGGUAGUCCCCCUUCUCUGGCUAGUUUACGGCCUAAUCAUGGUCUUCUUUACCAAUUUCGAUGGCCAGACUAUCACACUGUGCUUUAUGUGUUUCCCCGUGUUUUCCUACACUGCAAUCAUAUCGAGCGAGGCUGGAAUGGUCGACGGGAAAGAGCUCAAGCCCUAUCUCCUGAGGCUCCUUCCUUCUACCCGAAAACGACUAAGGGCCUUGCCCAAGCAGCGGCGAGAUCUCCGAAGGGACUUGCGGGCAUUUGUCAAGAAGGUCGGCCCGGCCUUUGGGGAGCUAUACCACCGCAAGUCCGUCGAUUGGACGCAGGUAACYAGCCGUCUGUCGGAAAAUUCGGCGGACAUUAUGGAAAAAAUUGUCGGUGAGGAGGACAUUCCGGGAGUCGGCGGCGGCAUGAAAAAAGCCGUGAGCGAGGACGGAUUUCACCACGUGGACRACGAGGCCGUUGCGGCGGCAGCCGCCGCUGCUACGGACAAGAAAGACCAAURAGGGAGCGUKUCAAGCGAUAUAGGAACGAAAGAAUCAAAUGUCUUCCCAUCCAUUCGAAUGCAACAACAGAGCAGRUUUUGYGCWCACAACACUCAGCGGUUUCUUGCCGAAAGGACCGCUUUCUUCGAUUGUCCGAUGUCGGUAUGACUGCCGAAGCAUGAAYGAAACAUUUACUUUAGAAAUACUGCUUUUUACUACAAACAUACCCCAAACUUUCAMAGCAGCUGCACCUACAAAGCCAUUCUUUUGGCAAAUGGCAUUUCCGAAGCUGCACGAUUCGCUGUUUUCCCCAUUGGCUAGUUACUUGUGUUUCGGAGCCUUUGUCGUUUUCGGGCUCUUGCGCGGUGGUUGUUUCUUGGUCUUUUUCGACCCUUUGGGAGCCGGGAGAUCGGUUGGUUCGCAAAGGGACGAACCGCCGGUGCUGUUCAGGGUGUCGCACGCGGCGGAUCGGAUCCAGUCCAUCGCCACGCCGACCCGGGAGAACACCCCGUUGGUGCAGUUUUCCUUGCCAAAGGACGUGAUGCCAAACAAGGUGUCCACGAACACGGCACCGUCGUUGCCUCCCCCGCGGUAGGGCUUCCGUUCCACGAGGGGGCCGCCCGAGUCACCGUAGCAGGUCGACCGAUCGGUGGUGGGGUCGUACUCCACGCAGAGCAUGACGCUGCGGUUGUAGGUUCUGUUCGCAUCCGGWUGUUUUUCCCAAAAGGCCUCGCAGGCCUCGCUGCUUUCCCUGCCAAAGGUGACGUUGCGGAGCAGGUUCGGGAUGGUUUUGUUUUCCCGGCCGAUGUGUCCGAGUCCCAUGGCGAUGAGUUUGGUCCCGACGGCCGGGAUGGCGUCGUCCCGUUCCUCGUUCAGCGACAGCUUGACAAAGGAGUCGUCGAUGAUCACGGGYUCGUUGAGCUUGCAGAGAGCGUAGUCGUUUUGUGUGGUGGCUGGAUCCCAGCUCGGGUGGCCGAUCCGUCGCUCGCAUUUGCGGAACUGGGCGCCGAAUUCGGUGCUGUUCCGUUUGUAGGCACCGACGUGCAUCCUCUUGCCUUCUAUCUCCUURCAGUGGGCCGCGGUGAGGACAAUGUCGGGCGCUAUGAGCACRCCGCCGCAGUUCCUAGCGACCCUGACGUAAUACGGAAACCGGCCCGGUUCGGAYUGCACCCCGUUGAUGAUGGCCCCUGCCUUCUCGUUCCCGACGUCCGGGGAGGCAACGGCGGGGGAAGCGAUCCCCGCGGCAACGAGCACGGCGAGGAAGGCGGCAACGAUCGUUUUGGCCAUUCUCGCGGUGGGAGGUCCUGUUCGAUUAUGAUCUUAGCACGCCACGAGAGUGUAUUGGAAGCACGCGAGUCGGGUACGAGUACGUAGCAGUAAUCGUGAGAUGCAAUAUAACCUGCAUCGAUUUUUCAGUUUUCGGUGUUUUUCUCAGUUUCAUCGGAGGCAUUCGACGAGACUAGAGGUACCGAUACGGCACACACAAGCAGGCAAGCAGUACACGCAUUUUACGUCUUGUUUAAGCCUAGGGCCUACGGUAUGAAAAAAUAGAGAUCGUACAGUAACGACGUACGUACCUCUGAACGUUUGAAGUCAUGCCAAUCCUUGACGAACGAAACUGUACAAGGCUAUGAAUACAAGGCUAUGAAUCGAAUCAAUCGAAUCUUACCAAUUUUCCCAUAGCACCCACUUGAGGGAACUGUGAAACAUUAAACACCACAGAAAUACAAUCCCGAGUAGCUAGUGAAUAACCUCACUCUUUAUUGUAAACCCAUAAGUACUCGUACCUGGUACACUAAGGAGCCUAUCAACAUUUCACAGGUUAUGAGCAACAACUUACCUCAACUCAUCAACCAUCAUUAGUCAACACUCGAGUAGAUUGAUUUACUACUUCCUUUCCUCCAGUCGCUGAGCCCUAACGCUUUCGACUAGAGUACUUUUCYGCGAUUUUCUUCCAGAAAAUCUCGACAACAAAAGAGAACCCAGUACURAAUCACGUAGAUUGCCACUGUACUAUUUUUCUUCAGAAUACCCCGUGACACMUAUCACUUCGAACACACWCUGACACCUGYCCGGCCGUCAGGGAUCAAAGUAUCCCAUUAGGAACAAGUGAACGGGAAGCAAUAUUUUUUUCCGUCUUCGAUUUGUUCUGUAUUUGGGAAUGUUCUCGACGAGAAACAAACCUAUCGAGAUAAACUUGAAAUGGUGACGACAACGUCGGAAUUGUAUCAAUCUAGUAGCACUCUUCGAAUCAUUGACGGGAACAACAAAAGUCCAAAAAGAGAACCCUUGGACGCGCUUUUAACACAAGCAUUGAGAAUAAGAUUUUUUUGACAAAAAAGACCUACAUAAUACAUUGUUUCAAUUUAAAUAGCAGAUCGAUUGCGAAAUGCAAACGGUUUAUUUCUGUACAGCAUAUGCUUUCCCAUUCUUUUCUUUUGUUUUGGUUCGUCUUGCGUGCCGCAUCGCAUCGCACCUCAUUGAAUUGCAUAGGAUCAUCGACUAUUCGUUGCGAAACACAGGAAUGGUCCCAGCAACACGACACGACACGACACAACACAGCACAGCACAUGGCUCUGUGACUCGAAAACUUGCGUGCCGCAUCGCAUCAGGUCGCAUCACGUUUCAUCACAUCAGAAAUAUUAAUUCCCACAGAAUCACGUUG